AGCUUAAAAUCGUAGAAAUCCAUAGCAACGGUUUCACGCAGCCAUCGCAACCAACAGCAGCAAUGGAUCGCCUCUCGAUCCAUUUGUUGUUCCAGGAAACGAUGGAUAUCAGUUGGGCCAAUCGUGCCGUCAGCAGCGAGGAAACCAGCAACAACCGUUUUACACCGAGCAAUCAACAGCUACCGAUUCGGACACAGGGUGUCGACUACCUUGAAAAUCCUUGAAAAUCAGGGAAUAUCAGGGAAUUCAAAUAUGGUCAGGGAAAAUCAGGGAAAAUCAGGGAAUUUUACCACAAUCAGGGAAAAAUGAAAUUCGUUGGAUAUAAAAUAUAAAAGUUUUUAGCCUUCCAGGUUUUAUGUGUACAUUUACUUCAGUGUAUGUUGUUUGUUUUUGUCUGUGAAAAUGGCGCGAAAGUAGAAGUCUUUUACUUUCGUGCAGUUUUUGCCAACUCCGUGUUAAGCCGUUAUUUAUCAGAUACCAUCAUCUCGAGCACCAGUUUGACAAUUGUUGAAUGCAACUGACAGCUGAUAUAUUUGCGCUUUCCGAGCACAGCCAGUAAGAUAGGCGAUGUCACGGGGCUGUUUUUUCGACCAUUUGAAAGAUGUGUUUGCGUAAGAAGAAAUAGAACUGCAAGAAUUUAAGUUUGAAUUUCGUUCAACGGAAGCGACUGUUGGUGCUCGUAGGCAGAAACAGAACUGCAAAAAUUUAAGUUUGAAUUUCAUUUAAUGGAAGUGAUUGUUGAUGCUCGCUUUGUGUUAAAGUUGAGGUGGGUGAGCCAAUUUUAUAAUCGGUGAAUACAGUAAAAUAAUUUAUUCAUUAUUUUAGCAGAGAGGUACGAUAAAAUCAUAAGGUUGUCUGGCAUUCUUCCCCGACUAUCAACUGAAGCGAAGGAAAUCCAGUAGAACUUAGUUCGAAAUGGCAAGCAAAACCACGUUCCAAGGCGUUUGGUUGCAUGACCCGGAGUUUUCAUCAUGGUUGAAACGAAUUGACACUAAGCUAGGAUGCGCAUACUGUUCUGUAUGUUCCUGUGAAAUAGUUCUCAGCAACAUGGGCAAACAGGCUCUCAAAAGUCAUAUGAAAUCAAAGAAGCAUAGUCAACGAACCACAGCCGGAAAUAUUUUCAAAUAUCUAAUGAGUGAUUCACACCAAACGUUCGAACCAGGCACUUCCAAGAAUAUCGGAUUCAGUUGUGCUAGAAAUGAUCAUCCACCUGUGGAAUCAGUACCUACUGUUGCGAUUCCUUCAGUUUCCUCUGCGAGCAUUCUACCUCCUUCGAAAACUAUCGAUAAAUUCAUGCUGAAAAACGAUACCAUCAAAGCUGAGAUCCUGUGGUGUUUGGAAACAGUUAUGUGUCACAAAUCACUCCGCACAGCUGAAAAGGACAUGGUAGUAUUGAGAACAAUGUUUCAUGAUAGCCAGAUUGCUGAGAAGGUUCAACUAGGCCGUGAUAAAAUGAGCUACAUGAUGCUGUUUGGCAUUGCCCCCUAUUAUAAAUCUGAGCUCGAUAAAACUCUGCAUAAUACAAACUGCAUUGUCGUUGGUUUUGACGAGUCCUUAAAUAAGACUACAAAAAAGCAGCAAAUGGAUCUAAAUGUCAGAUUUUGGGAUGAAGAAAAGAAGGAGGUGGUAACUCGUUACAUGACCUCAAUGUUCUUGGGACGAUCUCGAGCAACAGAUUUACAUGCAGCUUUUAAAGAAGGCCUGGGAAAUAUCCCUUUAAACAAGCUUCUUCAGGUGUCGAUGGAUGGUCCCAACGUGAAUUGGUCAUUUUUACGCGAGCUGAAAAUGGACUUUGAACAUGGAGAAGAAAGGCUCUUGGAUUUAGGUAGCUGCGGAUUGCAUAUUUUGCACGGUGCAUUCAAGGAAGGUGUUCGCUGCUCUGGAUGGAAUGUUACGAAGUACCUGCGAGGCAUCUAUCACAUCUUCAAAGAUGUUCCAGCACGACGCGCUUUAUUCACAUCGUAUUCGGGAAGUGCUGUGUAUCCACUGAAGUUUUGCGCUCACAGAUGGUUGGAAAACAUUAACGUAGCACAAAGAGCUGUGGAGAUUACUCCUCAUAUAAGGAAGUUCGUUGAGGGUGUUCAGAAUGACAAAAUUGAACCAAAAUCAGAUUCGUACGUCGAUGUAGUUGAGUGUCUAAAAGAUCCUCUACUGUUGGCUAAGUUGACCUUUUUCAAAUCCGUUGCCGCUGAAGUAGAACCAUUUUUGCGCGAGUUCCAAACGGAUAAUCCCAUGGUGCCAUUUUUGUAUAACAAUUUGAGUCAAAUGGCUAGAAGUAUAUUGGGAAGAUUCAUGCAGAUCGAUCAGCUAAAGAACAUCACUCAGGUAACAAUAGAAGAGAUCAAUGAAGCCAAGAAUCAUUUACCAAUGAAAGAGAUUGUAUUGGGUUUUGAAACAAGAAAAGUUUUAAAAAACUCGUCAAAAUUGACCCAAAAACAAAUUCUGCAAUUUCGUCUGGAAUGCAAAGGAUUUUUGAAAGCACUGAUUCUAAAGCUUAUGAAGCGAUCGCCAUUGACGUAUCCUGUGACGAAAGCCGCAUCCUCUCUUGACCCUUCAGUCAUUGAUUCCGAUCAAAAAUUGGCUGGAAAACGAUUCGAAAAGCUUUUAACUAUAUUGAUGGAUUUUGGUCGUAUCAGUGGAGCUUCAGCAGACUUGGCACUGAAACAAUAUUUAAAAUUAGUUGGUAGCAACAAAAGCAACAAGUUUGCCUACUAUGAUCGGAAAAAUGAACGACUGGACCAUUUCUGGAAGGGAUUGCUAUCGGGGGAUGAGUUUAUGGAACUUUUUACCAUCGUAAAAAUGAUCUGCUGUCUCUCGCAUGGAAACGCCAACCUUGAGAGGGGCUUUUCCAUUAACGCUGAAUGUCUUUUUGAAAACAUGCGUGAGGAAUCGGUUGUUGCUAAGCGACAAAUUUAUGACGCUGUAUUUCACGCUGGAGAGAUAGCAUCAAUACAAAUUUCGAACCAGCUAAUUCAACGAGUUCGAAAUUCUCACUCCCUUUAUAUAGAAGACAAGGAACGCCGUAAGAAAGAAGAUCUUGCGUCAAAUGCGUCAAAGAUGAUGAAACGUCAACGAGAAGCAGAAGCGAAAUCUUUAGAGAUCAAACGGAGUAAAAUUUUGGAAAACGCACAGAAGGAAGCCGAAAGUUUGCAAGAAAAAAUCGCUUUGUUGAAAUCAACUGUUUUGUAAAACUCAUCCGAAUCAAAAUAAAUAAAAUUUUCUGCUGUAUUAGUAUUUAAGCAUCUUUCAUGAACUGCAUGAAUAAAUCAUGUUCUAUCUUUUACGCCGUUUCUCAGUCUUUGUAUAAUUCAAACAAAAAAAUACAAAAAACUCAUUUAUUGGAUUAUAUUCGCUCAUAAAUUUACUUGUUCUAGCCUUCAUAGAUACUUACUAGCUGUUAAAAAACAGAACUAAAAUAAAAAUUUUGAUCACUAGUCUAUAUCUGGAAUUUUUCUGGAAAAGUACUGGAAAAUCAGGGAAUAUCAGGGAAUUUUUUUUCGGAAUUUGAGUCGACA